AUAAUUAUCAGGGUUUCCUUUCGGCUCUGCAUCAUAUAAAAUUGUUUUAGUUUAGUUGCUGUAGCAGCAGUCACACGCCAAAAGUAUCAAUUAAUAAAAAUUUAUCCUUUGGCAACCAUUUACUGGAUUAUCAAUUUUAUUUUUUAUCAGCAAGAUUAAGACUGAUGUUACCUAAUAUUUUGUGCAAAUAUCGCACUGGGAAUAUUUAACUAUAAACCAUGACGUUUUCAUUCUGUGUUAAUUCUGUUGUAUCUGUUUAGUCGGACUUCGUCAGAUGUGAUAAAUUGUGCAACAAGUGAGGUGGGACGCAUAAAAUGCUUAAGAAAUAGUGAAAAUAGUGAUUUUUUUAAAGUUGUUAUUCAAGAUUUUAAAAAAUGGGUGUCAAAAUUCCCAUAAGAUUCUGGAUCGCUGUGAUGGUCUUUGCAUCAACAUAUAUCAACUACACGACACGUAGUAAUAUGUCAAUUAGUAUCACAUCGAUGGUAACUAGAUCACAAGAGAAGGCUGUACCAGAAUGUAGGAGGCUAAACACAUCGAAAAUAUUCCCAAACGUUACAACAAAUAGCAGCAAAAACGCUGUUUUACCUAAUUAUGGUGUAAGAUAUGAUUGGAAUGAAGAUAUUCAAGGAUUCAUUCUAGGUUCCUAUUUUUGGGGCUACGUGAUAUCCAGUGCUCCAGGUGGAUUUAUAGCAGAAUGGCUAGGUCCCUUUAACACUAUUUUUUACGCUCAAAUACUCACUGCAGUAUUUAAUUCUUUAUCUGUUUGGGGAGCGCAAUGGCACUUUGGGGUUUUAAUUUUUUGCAGGUUCGUUAUUGGAUUAAUGGCGGGCCCCGUUUAUCCGGCGCUUCAAUGUUUAAUAGCGCGCUGGGCCCCACCAGCAGAAAAAGGCAAAUUUGUCAGCGCCCUUAUGGGCAAUACCCUGGGUACAUGUUUAACUUGGAUAUUGGUUGGUAUGGUAACGGCAGCUGCAGGCUACGAUUGGGGUUUCCACUUUUUAACUAUUCAAAUCGGGCUGUUUUGCUUGAUUUUCUGGUUUAUAGUGGCAGAUAGUCCUGAUCAGCAUAAGUGGAUUAGUGAAGAGGAAAAACAGUUUAUCAAAGAAUCUCAAGCAAAGACUGUUACCAAAGGAAAGGUGGUACCUCCAUACUUAAAAAUGUUUACUUCUAUUCCAUUUUGGGCCCUCUGCAUCCUUCAUUUUGGAAACUUAUGGGGCCUAUAUCUUCAAAUUACCGGUGUACCAAAAUUCAUGAUUGAAGUGAUCGGCUUUAAUAUCAAAUCAUCAGGUAUCUUAGCAGCUUUACCGCACCUUUUAAGAAUGUUCUUCGGAAUGGGUUAUGGAUAUGUCGGCGAUAUGAUUAAAUCCAAGACCAAAUUAAGCCCCACGAUUGUGAGGAAGUCAUUUGUGAUAUUUUCCCACGUAAUUCCUGGGAUCCUUCUAAUGUGUAUGACGCUAGUGAAAUGUGAUUACGUAGGAGCCGUUUUAAUCCUGAUUUUCAGCAUGUCGAUCAAUGGGGCAGCUGUUGUAACGAAUUUACAAAAUGCUCAAGAUUUGGCACCUAACUUUGCUGGAAGUAUUUUUGGAAUUAUUAGUUUAAUUGGAGGAACCACUGGGUUUAUUACCCCUGCUGUUACUGGAGCACUUAUGAAAGAAAAUAACGGUAUCCAUGAAUGGUCCAAAAACUUUAUCAUAGGAGGAAGCGUGUAUGUUGGAUCAGGUCUUCUGUUUAUCCUGCUAGGAACUUCAGAUAUCCAGCCCUGGAACAACAAAGUCCCAGAAAAAGCUGCAGAGGAUGGAGUAUCUUUUAAGGAAAUAAAUUCCAAAGAAGUGGAGAAUGGAGAGCCAAAUGAAACGACCAAACUUAACUCUUAACUUAUAAUAGGGAGUGCUUUUUCUAUGUACAUUCGUAUAAAUGCUGAAUGAUUUUGCUGCAUGUGUAAUAAUAAAUAUAUUUUAAAUA